AUUGACAGUCGGGCAGCAGCACGCAGGCGUGGUGAGCGCUCCCGCAGACAGGGGGCGUCAAUAUGGCGUCCUGAGAAAGACAACACAGUCCGACACCGCACCGAUCUUCGGCUGACAUCGGGAGGAGAGAGGGACCGUUUCGCCAAACAUUAGACGUGAUUUCAUUCUGUGCAUCCCUCUGAACGGCUGCAAGCAUCGGGUUUGGAUGUGCACAUCUCGGAGGAGGAGGAGGACAGCCUUGUGACACCUGAUCGAGAAUUUUCCUUUUUCAUCUGUAUUUGAUGCUGCUGCUCAGUGCUCGGUGAUACAAAAGCAGGUGAGACCGAGGCGACCGCUCCUUUUUGGGAUUCGGGUCGGAAAUGUCGAGCGAGAAACCGGUUUUGGCACCGGGUUCCGCCUCGCUCACGGACCGAGAAGCCCCCCCACCACCAGCAGCACCACCGGGCUCGGGGCAGCAAGUCGUAACGGGCUCCGUUACCGGGGACAUGAUGGUGUCUGGAUCGGGCGCCGUGGUUCUACCGGCCGGGGUGAUAAACCCUUCGGUUCCGAUCCGGAAUAUCAAGAUGAAAUUCGCCGUGCUCAUCGGUUUGAUCCAGGUCGGGGAGGUUAGCAACAGAGAUAUCGUGGAGACAGUUUUAAAUCUGCUGGUGGGUGGAGAGUUUGACCUGGAGAUGAACUUCAUCAUCCAGGAUGCAGAAAGCAUCGCCUGCAUGGUGGAGCUGCUGGAGCACUGUGACGUCACCUGCCAGGCGGAGAUCUGGAGCAUGUUCACAGCUAUCCUGCGGAAGAGCGUUCGCAACCUACAGACCAGCACUGAGGUGGGGCUCAUCCAGCAGGUGCUGCAGAAGAUGAGCUCCGUCGACGACAUGAUUGCAGAUCUCCUAGUGGACAUGCUAGGGGUUUUGGCCAGCUAUAGUAUCACAGUGAAGGAGCUGAAGCUGUUAUUCAGCAUGCUGAGGGGGGACGGAGGCAUGUGGCCGAGACAUGCCAUUAAGCUCCUAUCAGUGCUGAAUCAGAUGCCUCAGCGGCACGGCCCUGACACCUUCUUCAACUUCCCAGGACGCAGUGCGGCGGCCAUUGCUUUGCCGCCCAUUGCUAAGUGGCCUUACCAGAACGGAUUCACUCUCAACACUUGGUUCCGAAUGGACCCACUCAAUAAUAUCAAUGUAGACAAGGAUAAACCAUACUUAUACUGUUUUCGAACCAGCAAAGGGAUUGGCUACUCAGCGCACUUUGUGGGGAACUGUUUAAUUGUGACAUCACUGAAGUCAAAGGGGAAAGGCUUUCAACACUGUGUGAAGUACGACUUCCAGCCCAGGAAGUGGUACAUGAUCAGCAUAGUCCACAUCUACAACCGUUGGAGGAAUAGUGAAAUCCGUUGCUAUGUCAACGGCCAGCUGGUUUCCUACGGCGACAUGGCAUGGCACGUCAACACCAAUGAUAGUUAUGAUAAAUGUUUCCUGGGCUCUUCAGAGACUGCGGAUGCUAACCGGGUGUUCUGUGGGCAGCUCGGUGCCGUCUAUGUCUUUAGCGAGGCGCUGAACCCCGCACAGAUCUUUGCCAUUCAUCAGCUCGGACCCGGAUAUAAGAGCACGUUUAAGUUCAAGUCAGAAAGCGACAUCCACCUGGCUGAGCACCAUAAGCAGGUUUUGUAUGAUGGGAAGUUGGCCAGCAGCAUUGCCUUCACCUACAAUGCUAAAGCCACCGACGCACAGCUGUGCCUGGAGUCCUCGCCCAGGGAAAACCCCUCUAUAUUUGUGCACUCUCCACAUGCCCUAAUGCUGCAGGAUGUGAAGGCUAUCGUCACUCACUCCAUCCACAGCGCCAUCCACUCUAUUGGAGGAAUCCAAGUUCUUUUCCCACUCUUCUCACAGCUGGACUACAGGCAACCCAACGACAGCCCUGUGGAGACGACCGUCUGUGCCACUCUCCUCGCUUUCCUAGUGGACUUGUUGAAGAGUUCAGUAGCCAUGCAGGAGCAGAUGUUGGGAGGAAAAGGCUUCCUUGUCAUUGGCUAUUUGCUAGAGAAGUCUUCUCGGAUGCACAUCACCAGGGCAGUUUUGGAGCAGUUUCUGUCCUUUGCCAAGUAUCUGGAUGGCUUGACUCAUGGAGCUCCUUUACUGAAGCAGCUAUGUGAUCAUGUUUUGUUUAAUGCUGCCAUCUGGAUCCAUACACCAGCUAAGGUUCAGCUUUCCCUCUACACAUACCUGUCAGCUGAAUUCAUUGGCACUGCCACCAUCUACAGCACCAUCCGUAGAGUGGGCACAGUCCUGCAGCUCAUGCACACCCUCAAGUACUACUACUGGGCCAGCAAUCCUCUGGAAAGCAGUGGUAUCACCCCUAAAGGCCUAGAUGGUCCACGGCCCUCUCAGAAGGAAAUUAUAUCCUUGAGGGCGUUCAUGCUUCUUUUCCUCAAACAGCUCAUUCUCAAGGACCGAGGAGUGAAGGAAGAUGAGUUGCAGAGCAUAUUAAACUACCUGCUAACCAUGCAUGAGGACGAAAACAUCCAUGAUGUGCUACAGCUCUUGGUCGCACUCAUGUCUGAGCACCCCGCCUCCAUGAUCCCUGCCUUUGACCAGAGGAAUGGAAUACGAGUCAUCUACAAGCUCCUGGCCUCCAAAAGCGAGAGUAUACGAGUCCAAGCUCUAAAAGUUCUCGGCUACUUCCUGAAACAUCUUGGACACAAGAGGAAGGUGGAGAUCAUGCACACACACAGCCUCUUCACGUUGCUUGGAGAACGACUAAUGAUGCACACCAGCACUGUGACCAUCACCACCUACAACACGCUCUACGAGAUCUUGACAGAACAGGUUUGCACUCAGGUGGUGCACAAGCCUCACCCAGAACCCGAUUCUACAGUCAAGAUCCAAAACCCCAUGAUUCUUAAGGUCGUGGCUACGCUGCUUAAAAGCUCUUCCCCCAGUGCUGAGCUGAUGGAAGUGCGACGCCUCUUCCUGUCCGAUAUGAUCAAACUCUUCAGCAACAGCAGAGAGAACAGACGGUGUCUGCUGCAGUGUUCAGUGUGGCAGGACUGGAUGUUCUCUCUGGGCUACAUUAACCCAAAGAACCCGGAGGAGCAGAAGAUCACAGAAAUGGUCUACAAUAUAUUCCGAAUCCUGCUCUACCAUGCCAUCAAGUAUGAGUGGGGAGGCUGGCGCGUGUGGGUGGACACACUCUCCAUCGCCCACUCCAAGGUGACCUACGAAGCGCACAAGGAGUACCUGGCAAAGAUGUACGAGGAGUACCAACGACAAGAGGAAGAGAACAUCAAGAAAGGGAAAAAAGGUUCCGUCAGCACAAUUUCCGGCCUUUCUGCCCAACCCACUACUGUCAACGGAAACCUAGAGAUCCGCGAGAUUGACGACACAUCUCAGACGCAAACACCGGAGAGCGAGGUGGACUAUGGAGAGAACGCAGACUCUCGAAACCUGCUGGCUGAAGCCAAAGGCCCGGAGGGCGAAGCUGAACGGUCGGCCGCAGGGGUUCGCGUAGAAGUCCAUGACUUGCUGGUGGACAUAAAAGCAGAGAAGGUGGAGGCUACGGAGGUUAAAUUAGACGAUCUGGAUCUGUCCCCAGAAGUUCUUGCAGGAGGAGGGGGCAUGGAGAAUGGCCCCUUGGUGGAAGUAGACUCGCUGUUGGACAGCGCCUACUGUGCAGCAGUUCACAAGCUCAAUGGGAGCCUUGUCCCCAAAGAGGAGGAAAGCGUUGUGGUGGGUUUGACUGAAGACGAUGGGAACCUGGGUCCUCUAAUCACACUCGCAGAUGAGAAGGACAGUGUUCCCAGCAACAAUGGCUUCCUGUUCCCCAAGGUGGAUGAGAAGCUGCUUCCGUCAUUGGCGUCAACGGAGCCCCUGGUGCUGCCCAGCCCUGAACAGCCCCCUUGUUCAACAACUCCACAUACUUCAAGCGCCAGUGAUGACCUCAGCCUGUUGGCCCACAUGACUUCUUGUGGUUCAGACCUGGUUCAGACCCCAAGUGGCCUAGCAGAGGAUGAUGGGUUUAAGUUGCAGAGCUCCUUGGCGGACAUCAGCACGCUGGCAGAGGCCGAGGCCCAGGCUGCAGCCAGGACAGCAGAGUGUUUGGAGCAAGAGGCUGGGGAGGCCAGAGCAGGAAAGAGCGGAGGGGACGCAGCCAGCACUACUUCAGACACGGAGAGAUCCGAUGAUGGAAAAGACAAAGAAAUGAAGAAAAUUCAGACCACAGCCACCACACAGGCUCUUCAUGGCCGUAUGUCGGGUCAGAUGGAGCGGGACCUCCGUGUGGAUCUGGGCUUCCGUGGCAUGCCGAUGACAGAGGAACAGAGACGCCAGUUCAGCCCUGGCCCUCGUACUACCAUGUUUCGUAUCCCAGAAUUCAAGUGGUCACCCAUGCAUCAGCGCCUUCUCACUGACCUGUUGUUCGCCUUGGAAAGUGACGUACAUAUGUGGAGGAGCCACUCUACGAAAUCUGUCAUGGACUUCGUAAACAGUAACGAGAACAUUAUAUUUGUCCACAACACCAUCCACCUCAUUUCUCAGAUGGUUGAUAACAUCAUUAUAGCGUGUGGUGGGAUCCUGCCCUUGCUCUCUGCUGCCACCUCCCCAUCUAGUUCUAAGGUUAGUGCGAACCCUACACGAGGAGGUUCUUGCUUACAGAAAGGGGCAAAAAGCAAUGAAGUUAAUAGCCUGCCAGGAAGCUCUGGCACAGGGGCAGAGACGGAGCUUGAGAAUGUGGAGGCGACCCAAGGUAUGUCUUCAGAGACGGCGGUCACGUUUCUCAGCAGGCUGAUGGCCAUGGUGGAUGUUCUUGUGUUCGCCAGUUCUCUCAAUUUUAGCGAGAUCGAGGCUGAAAAGAACAUGUCGUCAGGGGGGCUAAUGCGCCAGUGUCUACGAUUAGUAUGUUGUGUAGCAGUGAGGAACUGUCUGGAAUGCAGGCAAAGGCAGAGAGACAGAGGCAGCAAAACCUCGCUGCCAAUCAGCAAGACCCAGGAGAACCUACAGACUGCAGCGUCCGCCAGCAAGACUGUCAUACAAAAUGUCCCGCGUAACCUUUCCCCCAUCAAAGACCCAGACAGACUGCUGCAAGACGUGGACAUCAAUCGUCUCCGAGCCGUCGUCUUCAGAGACAUGGAUGACAGUAAACAGGCUCAGUUUCUGGCUCUGGCCGUGGUCUAUUUCAUCUCUGUCCUUAUGGUGUCCAAAUACCGGGACAUCCUGGAGCCACAGCGGGAGAUUGGCAGGUCCAGCAGCCUAUCAGGGAGGAGCAUUCGACAAGAGAUUAAUUCACCCACCAGCACAGAGAACCCAUCCUCCUUCUCAGACAGUGUACGUGGAGACCGACAGGCUGCCACCCCUCUAGAAGAUCUCCCCCUGGAGGGCUCGUUGCCUCACACUGACUCCGGCAUCGGGGAGGAGCAAGUCACCAGUGCUCUCAAUGGCUCCGAGCUGGGUGGAGACUCAAGCGGAUUGGGCGGGAACUCUGGAGGUGUUGGCCCAGACGUCAUGAGCGAGUUGCUGUGCACUCUGUCAUCGGAGGUGAGGAAGUCCCGUGAGUCCCUGCUGGAAUCGCCUCCUGGUGUGGAGGUUCUGAAACCGGCUGCGUCGAUCUCCAGCAUCAGCCAAGCUAACAAGGGAAUCAAUGUGAAGGAGAUCCUGAAGAGUUUGGUGGCUGCACCAGUGGAGGGGGCAGAGGCAGGGCCCGAACCCCAGCCGUACCACCCUGACCCCGCCCUAAAGAGGGAAGCUGCGGCUAUGCUGCCCAUGCAGUUCCACUCAUUUGACAGGAGUGUGGUGGUGCCCGUUAAGAAGCCCCCUCCAGGAAGCCUGGCGGUGAACACAGUAGGUACACCCACCACCAGUGGAGUGCCCUCUUCAGGAAGUACGCCCAAUAUCUUUGCUGCUGCCACGGCAACACCUAAAAGCAUGAUCAACACAACAGGUGCCGCUGACUCUGCCUCUUCCUCAUCCUCCUCUUCAUCAAGCUUUGUGAACGGUGCCACAAGUAAAAACCUCCCAGCGGUGCAGACCGUUGCACCCAUGCCUGAAGACACAGUGGAAAACAUGAGUGCCUUUUGUGAAGUGGACCAGUGUCCACUGCGAACCAGGCUGACGCCUCCUGAACUCAAAUCCUUUAGUUCGCUGACAGGAUUCCAAACAGCCCCCAGAGAUGCAGGACAGUUUCUUAGUAUUACGACUAAAUUGGAACGUGCGUUAGAGAAGGUGGCCCCCUUGCUGAGGGAGAUCUUUGUGGAUUUCGCCCCCUUCCUUUCGCGGACUCUGUUGGGCAGUCAUGGGCAGGAGUUGCUCAUAGAAGGUACAGGUUUAGUUUGUAUGAAGUCCAGCACAUCGGUAGUGGAGCUUGUCAUGCUGUUGUGCUCACAGGAAUGGCAGAACUCCAUACAGAAGAACGCAGGACUUGCAUUCAUUGAACUUAUUAACGAGGGGCGGCUUCUUUGCCACGCCAUGAAGGAUCACAUUGUCCGUGUCGCCAAUGAGGCAGAGUUUAUCCUCAACAGGCAGAGAGCAGAAGAUGUUCACAAACAUGCUGAGUUUGAGUCCAACUGUGCCCAGUACGCUGCAGACAGGCGGGAAGAGGAGAAGAUGUGUGAUCACCUGAUCAGUGCUGCUAAGCACAGAGACCACGUCACUGCAAACCAGCUGAAACAAAAGAUCCUCAACAUUCUGACCAAUAAGCAUGGAGCGUGGGGAACCAUGUCACAGAGUCAGCUGCAUGAUUUCUGGCGUUUGGACUACUGGGAGGAUGACUUGCGCAGGAGGCGGAGAUUCGUACGCAAUGCCUUUGGCUCCACCCACCCGGAUGUGGCUCUCAAAUCUCUGGAGGAAUACGGCCCUGAGGAAGAAGAGGGAAUGAAGUCAAAGAAGUCAUUUCGCAGUCAUUCGGUGGUCAAUCAGAACCCUGAGACAGAGCUGAUGUUGGAAGGAGAUGAUGAUGCUGUCAGUCUGCUGCAGGAGAAAGAGAUCGACAACCUUGCAGGUCCAGUGGUUUUGAGCACUCCGGCCCAGCUUGUUGCUCCUGUGAUUGUUGCUAGAGGGACGUUGUCAAUCACCACAACAGAGAUCUAUUUUGAGGUGGAUGAGGAUGAUCCAACUUUCAAAAAGAUUGAUGCAAAGGUGUUGGCGUAUACUGAGGGUCUGCAUGGGAAGUGGAUGUUCAGUGAGAUCAGAGCAGUUUUUUCCAGACGCUACCUGCUCCAAAAUACUGGUUUAGAGGUCUUCAUGGCCAACAGGACAUCCGUCAUGUUCAACUUUCCGGAUCAGGCCACAGUAAAGAAGGUAGUGUACAGUUUACCUCGGGUCGGAGUUGGCACCAGCUAUGGCCUCCCUCAGGCAAGACGGAUCUCUCUGGCAACCCCAAGACAGCUCUUUAAAUCAUCUAACAUGACUCAGAGGUGGCAGCGGAGGGAGAUUUCAAAUUUUGAGUAUCUCAUGUUCCUCAACACUAUUGCAGGGAGGACCUAUAAUGAUCUGAACCAGUAUCCUGUCUUCCCCUGGGUCCUGACUAACUACGAGUCAGAGGACCUGGAUCUUACCUUGCCUGGGAAUUUCCGGGAUCUCUCAAAGCCAAUUGGAGCCCUGAAUCCAAAGCGAGCCGUGUUCUAUGCCGAACGCUAUGAGACAUGGGAGGAUGACGGAACUCCGCCCCAUCAUUACACAUCACUCUACUCCACUGCGGCGUCCACUCUCUUCUGGCUCGUCAGGAUAGAACCAUUCACCACAUUUUUCUUGAAUUGUAAUAACAACAAGUUUGACCAUCCCGACCGGACGUUUUCUGGCAUCGCACGCUCUUGGCGAAGUUGCCAGAGGGACACGUCUGAUGUUAGGGAAUUGAUCCCUGAGUUCUACUACCUCCCUGAGAUGUUUGUGAACAGCAGCGGAUAUGACCUGGGGUUGAGAGAGGACAGGACAACCGUGUGUGACGUGGAACUACCAGUCUGGGCCAAAAAACCAGAGGAUUUUGUUCGCAUUAACAGGAUGGCGCUGGAGAGUGAAUUUGUGUCCUGUCAGUUGCACCAGUGGAUCGAUCUCAUCUUCGGCUACAAGCAGAGAGGCCCGGAGGCCAUUAGGGCUCUCAAUGUUUUCCAUUACCUGUCUUACGAGGGCUCCGUGAACUUGGACACCAUCACCGACCCCCAGCUCAGAGAGACCAUGGAGGCUCAAAUUCAAUCAUUUGGACAGGCUCCGUCACAGCUGUUAAUAGAGCCUCACCCUCCACGCAGCUCCGCCAUGCACCUGUGUUUCCUUCCUCAGAGUCCUCUGAUGUUCAAGGACCAGAUGCAGCAAGAUGUAAUCAUGGUGCUAAAAUUCCCCUCCAACUCUCCCGUCACGCACGUGGCGGCCAACACGCUGCCUCACCUCAGCAUUCCUGCUGCGGUCACGGUCACAUGCAGCCGGCUGUUCGCCGUCAACCGCUGGCACAACACAGUCGGUCUCAGAGGUGCUCCGGGAUAUUCUUUAGAACAGGCUCAUCACCUCCCUAUUGAGAUGGACUCUCUGAUUGCCAAUAACUCUGGCAUUAGUAAAAGGCAGAUCACAGAUUUGGUGGAUCAAAGCAUCCAGAUCAACACGCACUGCUUUGUGGUGACAGCUGACAACCGCUACAUCCUGGCGUGUGGUUUCUGGGACAAGAGUUUCCGUGUUUACUCCACCGAGACAGGGAAGCUCACUCAGAUCGUGUUUGGCCACUGGGAUGUGGUGACUUGUCUUGCGCGAUCUGAGUCCUACAUUGGGGGGGAUUGUUACAUCGUCUCCGGCUCACGAGACGCAACCCUUCUGCUGUGGUACUGGAGCGGACGACACCACAUCAUCGGAGACAAUCCCAACAACAGUGAUUAUCCAGCACCUAGAGCGGUUCUGACAGGCCAUGACCAUGAGGUGGUCUGUGUGUCAGUGUGUGCUGAACUGGGACUCGUCAUCAGUGGGGCCAAAGAGGGGCCAUGUUUGGUGCACACCAUCACAGGAGAUUUACUGCGGGCCCUCGAGGGCCCCGAAAACUGUCUCCAGCCCCGCCUGAUCUCUGUGUCCAGUGAGGGCCACUGUAUCAUCUACUAUGAGAGAGGACACUUCUGUAACUUCAGCAUUAAUGGAAAACUCCUGGCACAGAUGGAGAUCAAUGACUCCACACGUGCAAUUCUGUUGAGCAGUGACGGUCAGAACUUGGUAACAGGAGGUGAUAAUGGUGUUGUUGAAGUCUGGCAGGCCUGUGACUUUAAGCAGCUGUAUAUUUACCCCGGAUGUGAUGCAGGCAUCAGGGCUAUGGACCUAUCCCAUGACCAGAGGACUUUGAUCACUGGGAUGGCGUCGGGCAGCAUUGUGGCGUUUAACAUUGAUUUCAAUCGAUGGCACUACGAACAUCAGAACAGAUACUGAGACAGAACAGAGAGACAGAGACAGGAGGAGAGAGGGACCUUGUUUAGGGCUCGCAGAUGAAGCAGUGAGAAAGGUCGAGUUCAUUUCCUGCUAGACAGUUGAUGGUGUCCCUGUAAGUUCAGGGUGGAGUUAAACCCAGAUGAAAACACAAGACAUAUCUCUAACGUUACUUAGACCUUUAGGGUUGUCCUUCACUCCCCACAUACUAUGAUGAGUUGCCUAAAGUCCUUUUGUCUGCAAAGAUCUUCGUAAAGGAUCGAAGCCAGGAGGACAGCAGGACUGGAUGGACUGUACCGCAGUUCCCUGCAGAAGAGGCUUUGAGAUAAACCACCAACAAAACAGAUUUUUCGGGAGGGUUGAGGGAGGGGAGGGGUUCUGGGAUGAGAUUAAGACGCAGCGGUGAACUUAAUCUUUGUAAAUACAAACUGCAACAGCGCAGUUCCUCACAGCAAGGGGAUAAAAAUCAUACUUCCCGCUUGCUCUCUAUUACGGAAGAUCCCAUCACCUUUAAUUUAUUAAUGACUUGCUGUAAGAUAUUGUGUAGCUCCAACGAAAUGAUGAUGAAGGCCUGCCGAUUCACAGGGAGGAAGUGAACUGAUCUGACAGGAAACAAGCUUCUCUUUCCUCUUUGUAUAUUUGGUAAUUGUUUUGUCAUAUAUGUAAAUAUUGUGAUGGUUAGGAAAGCCAGGCAUGUAAGCGGGCCAUAAAAAAGAAAAUAAAGAGGAGAAAAAGCAACAAAAAAAGAAACCCUCCCUCACUCACACGUUUCAUUAUUUAUGAGAGAAAAAAAAAAUAUUAAUGUUAAAGUUUUUGUAUCAGACACUUUGCACCGAUAACUUCCCAUAAUUUAUCAAUGUAUAAGGAUUUUUUUUUUUUUUUUUUUUUUUUGGGGUUUGGUUUUUUGGUUUCCUACCAUAUUUAGGCCCAUUCUCCAUUAUAUAAUUUGUGCAUUGAUGUUUGUUGUAUUUAAAUAAUAUUAUAAUCAUAUGUGAUGAUUACGUUGUACAACCACAGCCACAGUAAGCAAUAUCCUUGUAGCCAAGAGUGACUGCAGAAACGCAGUUUAACACGUGGAUUAAGAUAUUUGAGAUCCGCAUACACGCAUACUGAGACAUUUUUUUUCAUCCCCCUCUUUAAAAAGUGUGAGAGAAAAGAGUGAGAAGAAUAUUUUUUCAAUCAGCAACACUAUGAUACUGAAAUAUAGUCGUUUUACUACAGAGGUGCAAUUACUAGUCAGCUGGAAGCUUAAACGGAGUUCAGAAAUGAAUAAAUUAUGCAAAUGAUUUGUUGAUCUGCCUCGUCAUUGGCCAUUGGAUGUGAAUAUAGAUGAGACAGUGGUGCAUACAUAACAUGCAGGUCUGUCUCAGUGUAGGUGAGUGGUCAGUACUGUAUAUUUGAUUUGAUUUGUACAUUUGCUAAAUAUCUUUUGUUCAUUUAUUUUGCAAGAUGUAUCUGAUCAUGAUGAUUGCAUAUAAUUUUAAUUUAUUAUUUUAUCUUAUUUGUCUGCAUCGUUUGUGGAGAGGAGAGGAAUAGUUUAUUGGCAGGAAGUAAAUAAUGGAUGAUUUAUUCAGAUUCAGAUGUAAUUUUUAAAUUCAGUCCCCACCUGCUGUUUCAUGCAUUUGCUGCAACUUGAAUAAGCCAGAAUCUCACAGGUGUCUCAAAAUGUUUAAAUAUUAAUUCAUGCCAAUAUAUAGAUCAAUAACUGUAAAAUAAAAUUGUUUCCUUUUUGUCGUAUUUACAAUAAAACAAGCCAAAACAUC